AUGGAGAAACUGAUACCGUUUACAGGAAUUCUAAGUGAUAAAGCAGUGGAAAAUCCAGACUUUUAUAACUGUAACAGAGUAAAAGUUAGGUACUGUGACGGUGGAUCCUUCAGCGGAGACAGCGAAAAUAAGGCUGCAAAACUUCAGUUUAGAGGAAAGAGAAUAUGGUUAGCUGCUACGGAAGAGUUGAUGGCGAAAGGAAUGCGUCAAGCCAAGCAGGCUCUGCUCUCGGGAUGUUCUGCUGGAGGUCUUGCCGCGAUUCUACGCUGUGACGAUUUUGGGAAUAUGUUUUAUCCAUCCACAAGAGUGAAAUUUCGCCGCAAAGCCGAGAAGGGACCGGUUCAAGCUGAUACCGAGAUCCCAUCCUCUUCUGUACUGGCCGUUGCUCCGGGUCAUGGGACCGAGGUCAAGGUUCCGCAAAACGCAGGAACUCUUGCUGGCUCGGGCAUUCCAGAUACUUCGGCUCUCCCCGCCGGAUCGUCCACGACUCCGAUCCUCGUCGAGGAUAAGGAGAGGGCCGCUGUGUAA